AUGCCUCGGGAUCUGUUCGCAGCGGCGAGAGAAGAUACCUUGCAAGGUAUGCCAGAGCUCACAAAAUCACCGGAAGAGGUUGACGAUCAAUCGACGAAUAUGAACGAAGAUGACGAAGAGAACCUAAUCCAAAAACUGGCGUCGCGCAAUCCAAAGUUGGACGAGCUUCACCCGUACACACAAUCUUUGAGCCUGCAAGACGUCGAAAGUUGCACGAAGCUGGAAGAGGAAGCGUUUCCACCAAAUGAACGUUGUUCCCGAGAGAAG